AAUUCAGAAUCGGUAAGAGAGAGAGAGACAAAGUAAAAAAAUGAAUCUCUCUCCGAUAACAAUCUCCCUUCUCCUCACCCUCCUCUCGCCGUCUCUUCUCUCCAUCUCCGGCGUUUCCGUUGAGGACGAAUCUCAUCCCACCGUAUGCAUCAUCGGAAGCGGGAUCGGAGGCUCAUCCGUCGCUCACUUCCUCCGUAACUACUCCACAUCCACCGCCUUGUCUCGAUCCCGUAUCCUCAUGUUCGAGCGUCACGAGAGAGUCGGCGGACGCAUGAGGACCGUAACCGUCUCCGGCGAUACGUUCGAAGCCGGCGGCUCGAUCCUCCACCCGAAAAACUACCACGCAAGGGACUUCGUGGAGAGGUUCAAUCUGACGGUUCGGUUACCGUCGGCGAUCGAGGAGUCAUCGGCCGUGGGAAUCUGGGAUGGGAAGAGAUUCGUGUUCAAGACGUUUGGUGCGAGUGUUAAGAUUCCGUUUGUGGAUAAGAUCGUCUCUUGGAUGAAUGAUGUGUACUUGUUUGUUCGUUAUGGAUUCUCGCUGUUGAGAAUGAGUAGUUUCGUUGAGAAUACAGUUGAUAACUUCUUGAAGUACUAUGAAAGCCUAGAAACGAGACCUGUCUUCGACAGUGUUGAAGGGAUGCUUAAAUGGUCAGGCUUGUACAAUCUCACUAAGGUCACUCUGGAGGAGAAGUUAUCUGAAGUUCAGCUAUCUACUUUAUUAGUCAACGAGCUUGUUACUGUUAUUACAAGGAUAAACUAUGGGCAGAGUGUACUUAUCAGUGGACUAGCAGGUGCAGUCUCUUUGGCUGGUUCAGGUGGAGGUUUAUGGUCUGUUGAAGGUGGGAACUGGCAGAUGGCUGCGAAGCUUAUUAAUCAUUCAGAUGUUACCUUACACCUGAACGAAGAAAUCAAAUCCGUUUCACACAUUGGUAGCUACUACGAGCUCAAGUCCACAAAAGGAAACAGCUUCAAAUGUGAUGUCACUGUAGUUUCCACACCAUUAGACGAGGUUGAUAUUCAGUUCUCACCUGCCAUCACAAUUCCCAAAAGGGAGUUACAGCAUACACACGCAACAUUCGUGAGGGGACUUUUAAACCCUGGAUAUUUUGGGAUGAAAUCGGUUUCGGAUGUUCCAGCUUUGGUGGGAACUCUUGAAGAUCCUCUAAUUCCAUUCUCAAGCAUCUCCAUACUUAGGAAGUAUAGUGCAACAGAUAUGACGUACAAGAUAUUCACGCGGCAAGCAGCAUCAGAUUCAUUGCUUGAUGAGCUCUUCAGUGUGAGAACCGAAACUGUUUGGAUAGACUGGGGUGCAUAUCCAAAGUACCACGCCCCUGAAGUUUUCGCACCGUUCAUAUUAGAUGAUCAUCAUUUGUACUAUGUGAAUACUUUUGAAAACGCGGCUAGCACAAUGGAGACAAGUGCAGUGUCUGGUGAAAAUAUGGCUAGACUCAUAGUUUCCAGAUUCAGGACAACAAAGGAAUCAUCAUCAUCACCUUACUUGGACACCACAAGAAGCUGUAAUUCUGGUCUGCACUCAAACGUGUGAACAAACUUAUUGGAUCCGCAUGAACAAGGUUUUUGACUGUACUCUUUGAAGAAUAAUAUGUUUUGAUGUAUAUAAAGAAAGACCAUAAAUCUGUAAAAAAACUGUAACGUAUGCAUUGUUUGUUUUCAGUUUUUGAUUCAGACCAUUAUCAUGAAGAUUGUAAGAGUUAUGAAAACAGAAAAGAUGAUGGAUAGGAACAAGGUGUUUGAUUUAGUUGAGACUUACAUUUAGUUAAAGCUCAAAGAUACUCAAACGUAUAUGUUUUGUUAGCUACACACUAUAUAUCACACACAGUCAAU